AGACGUACAUAUCACAUUCAACGAAAUUACGCAGGGACGCGUCCCACAGUCGGAGGAUAAGAAGACGCAAGAUCUCUCAUUGACUUUGUUCCUUCUCAUAGUAGGUCAUCUGCGUCUGUCGAAUUGGGGAUUGAAAUCCGAAGAAACCCCUAAAAUCAGCGAAAGUUUUGAAGUAAUUCAGCGAUGAGGAGAGUGUUCGGCGUUAAGAAAGACAAGGAACCGCCUCCUUCCCUUAAUGACGCCUCUGAUCGGAUCAAUAAAAGAGGUGAAACAGUGGAUGAGAAGAUCAAAAGACUUGAUGGGGAACUUGCUCGAUACAAGGAACAGAUCAAAAAGACCAGACCAGGUCCCGCUCAAGAAGCUGUGAAGGCUCGAGCAAUGAGAGUUCUUAAACAAAAAAGAAUGUAUGAAGGACAACGUGACAUGUUGUACAAUCAAACAUUCAAUCUGGAUCAAGUUGCAUUCGCUUCAGAAGGGAUUAAAGAUGCUCAGCAAACAGUAUGUGUCACAGUUAUUAAGCAUUUUGUUCAAAGACUUAUUUAUAAAUUUUGUAUCUUGCAGAUGACAGCUUUGAAAUCAGCAAACAAAGAGCUGAAAGGAAUGAUGAAGACUGUGAAGAUUCAAGACAUUGAUAAUUUGCAAGAUGAAAUGAUGGACAUGAUGGAUAUAAGCAAUGAGAUACAAGAAUCUCUUGGUAGAAGUUACAGUGUGCCAGAUGAUAUUGAUGAAGAUGAUCUCAUGGGUGAACUUGAUGCUUUGGAGGCAGACAUGGGUCAAGAAACUGAAGGUGAAGGGGUGCCUUCAUAUCUUCAACCUGAUAAUGAGCCUGAUCUGAAUGAAGAACUUAAUCUGCCUUCAGCUCCAAGUGGACAUGCAGUGCCAGCUGGCAGAGCUAACAAUCAGGCUGUGGAUGAAUUUGGUUUUCCUGCUGUCCCUCAUGCAUCUCUUCGUAGUUAAGAGGUUUAUUUUUUAAGGUGGAUUAGGGUCAGUAUUGUCUUUUUACGUCUCUUAAGUCUUAACAAUAGUGUGCAUAAUUUGAACAUGAUACUUGCUGUCACUGCUUGGGGAUGUAUAUGAUUUGUUGGCACUUUUUAAGUAAUUGAUGCUUUAUUCAUGUA